AUGGCAGGCAUCUCUGCUUCCGCCUUUGCAAAUGGCGAUACCCCAGUAAUAAAGGGGCAUGAACAGCCGCGACACUGGCGCAUGACGGACCUGCACCACGCUGCACAUCCGCCGCCUGGUCCUGCCGUUUCCUUUCCUUCACAAUCAUCCAGCACCACGCAAACCCAAAGGAGCGAGACUGCCUCCUUCAGCAACGAACAGCAGCCCUGUACGCCGCAGCGCCAGACUUAUACCCGACCAUCCAAUCUCACCGACUCAUCUGAGCCCAGGUUGCUGGCGGGCACCCCGAGUGCACCACCCCGAACUAGACAAGGGUCGCACGACACUGCAGAGUCCACUCACAAUAACACCACAUCUUGGACUGGCCUUCGCACGCCCGACGACAUUACUUCGCCCUGGCAAGAAUCAACUUGGUCACACUACGCUGGCCGCCUUCGCGACAUCAGUUACCUUCAGUCUCCGACCGUCUACACGACGUCUGCUAGGGCCCGCGCCACACGGGAGUCGUCACCAGCACCCUCAUUUAGGUCGAGAACUCCGACGACACCCGGGGCCUCGACCCUUUCCUUCCUCGCUUCCAAGAUGGCCGCUCUGAAGGCUCUGGCGUCGCCGUCCCUCACCGGAAACGGCUGCGGGGAUGAGCUGAUUGACUUGGAUAUUGAAGCGACGCUCUUCCCGGACGGCGCGCCACAAGAGGGCGAGGUCAUCUCGCCCGCGGACUAUAAGAACCUGCAGAUGAACGCCCUCGGACUCCUCCAUCGCUUCCAGACCACCUAUCAGAGCCAAACGAUUGAGUUCCGCACGCUCAAGGCCGAAAAGGAAGCCCUCGAGGACGAAAAGAGCGAAGCAGAGACCCGCGCGAGACACGCCAAGCUGCAAUUGGACGAGGUCGCCAGCAAGGCGGCCGAAAGGGGAGCCGCUCUGCAGACUUAUAUUGAUGAGUUACGGCGUGAAAACAUAGCACUCAUGCAGGAUGCGCAUUCUCCUAUGAUCAUGACCGAAGACCUCGGCGCGGAGGAAGACCAGGCUAACAAGAGGUGGCGCCGUAGUGGCGAUACCUUGAGGAGUGAGCAUGGCUCUGACACAGACGCAGAGAGUGUGGCCGACGCCAGCAUCUUCUCCCGCUCGAGAAGUCCGACUCUGGCGACUGCUAUGUCUGAGAAUGGGCCUGUUGAGCCAAUACCUCGCAGCCGGGUAUCCCUGUCCGCAACCUCCACCCACACCACACCGUCUCAGAGACCACAACAGAUGACGGCCUUUCGCAAGCUCAUGAAGGGCAUGUCGGGCGACACCGGCGUUCGAACCGUCACCGAGUGCAGCAACUGCCAGGGCCAAGACGCUAGCAUGGCCUGGGACACAGCGAGCCUGAUGCGAGACGAGAACCGUGGCCUGAAGAUGCGAGUCACUGAGCUGGAAUCGGCGCUCGACGACGCGUUGGAUAUAGUGAACGGGCUGGAACUAGAAUUAUGA